AUGUUAUCAGUUGUUAAUGGUACAUCCUGUCUAUGUUUGACAGCAGGUACAGUUACAUCCCUCAAUGAAGCAAUCAAUUUCUAUACCAAUGUCUUAGGAUUAUCAAUCAAUUCAGAAUUAGACAAUAUCACCUACUUAUCAUCCGAUUCCAGAAAAGAAACCCAUAAUCUCGUAGUUGAAUUAAAACUCGACCCAGCCACCGGUCUUUCCGAUCUCCAAAUCGAUGCCAAAAAAUCAUCAAUCUUAUCACAAUUAAAUAUCACCGAUUGGAGAAAUUUAGAUUGUUCAUACAUCUUAAAAGUCGACAAUAUCAUCAAUUUAAUUGAAAAUUUCCAAACUUUUAAAAUCCCCGUUCAAAUCACCCCCAAUGAAUUAUAUCCCAAUGAAGUAUAUUGUAUCGAUCCAUUAGGUUAUAUCAUCGGCUUUACCUCCCUGUCCAACCCCUUGACAGUCUCCCCACCAUUACAAAAAACCCACUUCAAAGCCACUGCCGCCGGUGCCGCCACUACAGGAACCCUAACCCCCUAUCCUAUGUCAGUUUCAACCUCUUUGGCCCAAUCCAUCUCCUCAACCGCAGAAGCAAACAUGCCCAAAAGAAACAUCGGGAUCAUGACCAGUGGGGGAGAUGCUCCCGGGAUGAAUGCCGCCGUUAGGGCUGUCGUUAGGGCCGCUAUCUAUCGUGGAUGUAAAGCAUUCGCCAUCAAGGAAGGAUAUGAAGGAUUAGUUCGCGGUGGACCUAAUUAUAUCAAAGAAAUGAAGUGGCUGGAUGUUAGAGGAUAUUUAUCUGAAGGUGGGACCAAUAUUGGGACUGCUAGAUGUAUGGAAUUUCGAGAACGGUGGGGGAGAUUGGAUGGGUGUAAACAUUUGAUUGACGCAGGUAUUGAUGCUUUGAUUGUUUGUGGUGGUGAUGGGUCCUUAACGGGUGCCGAUU